UAUCUGCACGUUCUGUGUUAUGGAACGAUAGAUGGUCUCAUGUUGAAUAAAUGCAGUGUGGGCAUCAAAAUAAAUAUAUAGCUGCACAUGUAACGUUAGCUAGCUGGUGUACCCCCAAACCCGCUCUUCUGCAGCUGCCCGUUCGCGAAGCAGCAUGGCUAAACAUAAAGACACAGCAGAUGCUGUCGCAAACAAGGGCAAGACAAAGAAACCGAAGCAAGGUGCGAAGAAAAGCCAAGCCGAUCCCCAAAGGCCGAAGAUCAAAGAAAAUGGCAAAGGAAGAAAACAUGUUGGCCGGAAUGCCAAAUCCAGAUGUCGAACAUCCAAAAAAGCCGACGAUGCAUCAGAAAGGAAGACGAGCAAAUACUUCCAGAUCAGCGGGCUGUUGAAGGAAGAAGCUGAUAGCAAGAGUGACAUCAGUGAGGAUGUUGGUGAGACAUUUCCAGAGAGCACAGGGGUGGAUGAUGAGAUGGAAGAAGACAAAGAAGAAAAGAAGAAUAAUGAGAGCGAGGAGAGUGAUGAUGAUGAGGAAUGGGAGGAAGUAGAAGAGCUGGCAGCACCGUUAGGGCCAGGGAGCACAGAGCUGGAACCUACAGUUUCCUCCCAGCCUGUGCAGAUCGAGAUUGAGACAGCUGAGGCCAUGCACAAGAGACAGCGGAAGGAGAAGAGGCAAGCAGAAUUUGAGACUUACCUGCGCCGAAUGAUGAAACGUUUUAACAAGGAGCUGGUAGAAGAUACACAUAAGGUUCACCUGCUAUGUCUACUGGCCAGUGGACUGUUCCGCAACCGCCUCUGCUGUGAGCCUGAGCUGUUGGCCAUCACCCUGUCCUUAGUGCCUGUGCACUUCACCACGGUCGUUGCCGAACGAAUCAAUACAGGCUUCCUGGAGGGUCUUCUGAAGUGGUUUCAGGUGACGUUUACGCUAAACCACACCCUCCCUGAGGACCGGGGCAUGGAAUUGCGGGAAGUGCUGGAGAGGCGUUUGGGAAGUCUGUCUGUGCGAGAUCACCAGGAGAUGACAUACGUGUUCCUGCUUGUGCUGCGGUCGCUGAGACUCUUGUGCCGAUUGGUGCUAUCUUUACAGCCCCUCCCCCUCAAACCACUGACUAAGAAGGACAAAGCGCAGACCUCUAUCAGCCCUCCUGCUCAAGACAAGUCUGACAAGCCUGAUGAAAAGCCAACAGAACCCAAAGUCUCCCCUGGGUCCAAACGCCCAUCAUCUGCCAGCUCUGAGGGGAAGACGGAAAGGGGAGGAAAGAGACAGAAAAAGAAAGAGCAGGGAGGGGAAGAUAUGGGCGGGCAAAGGCCGAAAAACAACAAAAGGAGGAGCGUCGCUUCAAAAGUGUCCUAUAAAGAAGAAAGCAGCGAGGGGGAGGGGCCUAGCGAAGGGGAGGAGUUUCGGCUGUCCGGUGAGGAUGAGAGUGAUGAAUCAGAAGGCGGGGUUAAGAAGUCAAGCAAGAAUUCAAAGGCUAAGCGAAAGGGCAAAGUUCGGGUUCCACAACGAUUAAGUGGCAACCAAAAAAAAACAACCAGAGAAGAGAAGGAUAAGGAAGAGGGGGAGCAGGAAACUAGAAAGGAGAGAGGGAAGAGAAGGGAGGGAAAAGGGGACGAUGAAUGGAUAGAGGUGUACCUUGUAGGGGCCAAGAAGUGGGUGUGUGUUGAUGUUAAUCAAGGGGUGGGGAAGCCGCUGCAAUGCACCAAUCGGGCAAGCCAGCCCGUUACUUACGUAGUGGGCGUGGACGGAGAUGGUUACCUAAAGGACCUGAGCAGCAGAUACGACCCCACGUGGCUCACGUUGUCACGUAGACGCCGCAUCGACUCCGAGUGGUGGGAGGAGACUUUAGAAUUCUAUGAAUGUCCGGAUUCUGAAAGAAAACAACAAGAAGACAAAGAGAUGCAGGACAAGCUGCUGGAUAAGCCAUUUCCGACGGCGAUAUCGGAGUAUAAGAAUCACCCUCUGUAUGUGCUGGAGAGGCACUUGCUGAAGUACGAGGUCAUUUACCCACGCAGCGCUGCCACGCUGGGCUACUGCCGGGGCGAACCUGUCUACUCCCGGGAUUGUGUCCACACGUUGCACUCCAAGGACACCUGGUUAAAGGAAGCACGCACCGUUCGACUUGGGGAGGAACCUUAUAAGAUGGUGAAGGGCUUUUCCAACCGCUCACGAAAAGCCAGGCAGAUGUCGGAGCAGAAGGAUGAGAAUGACCUGGCCCUGUAUGGCCGCUGGCAGACCGAGGAAUACCAGCCACCUCUAGCCAUAGACGGCAAGAUUCCACGUAAUGAGUUUGGAAACGUGUACAUGUUUAAGCCAUGUAUGGUGCCCGUGGGGUGUGUGCACCUGUGUUUGCCCAACCUACACAGAGUGGCUCGCAAACUCGACCUGGACUGUGCUGCCGCGGUAACGGGCUUUGAUUUCCAUGGAGGAUACUCGCAUGCUGUCACUGAUGGCUACAUUGUGUGUGAGGAGCAUGAAGACAUUCUGAAAGCGGCCUGGGAAAAUGAACAAGAGAUACAGCAGAAAAAGGAGCAAGAGAAGCGUGAGAAGCGAGCAGUAGCUAACUGGACACUGCUUGUGAAAGGCCUGCUGAUCAAAGAGCGACUACAGCGUCGCUACGGGCAACGGGGUCUCACAAAGGGGGUGGAACUUGGACAGCAAGAUGAAGGCAGAGUGGGAGGAUUAUCAUCAGGAGAAGAGGAGGAAGGCGGAGCUCAGGAUGCUCCACCCACUCUGGCUGCUUCUUGGCCCCAGAACAGGCAACAGGAGCUGAAGGCAGGGGAGACAGUGACAUCCCUGAGUAACAAAGAAGAACGUGGCCAGCAGAAACAUCUCUUCCCUUUUGAAAAAAGUGUGUGAACGUGAGCAUUCUUGUCCUCCCGUCUCCUCGGCAUCUCCAUCUUCUCUUCCUCUCUUAGCAUAACACUUUCUCCAUGGGAGGGUUUGUCACCUGAGUUGUGUGAACAGUGGAGGCAGAGUGUCAGCGUUUGAAAUGCAUACCUUCCCUGCUCGUGACGCCGGGUGAAAGCACUGAACACUUAUUGUCUUUGAACAGCUUACCAGCAUAAGCGAAAAGGCUGGGCGUUCUGUUUUCGUCUCUGCCAUUUAACGUUUUCAGCUUUAAGGAGCUUUUGCUCUUGUGUGUUUUUGACUGCUGCAUGUCACAUGGCAGCACAAGUGUAGGUGUGAACCUCCGGUAACGCCAUGGAUGCCAGUGCAGUGACAGUAACUAUUGAGCAGUUUGACUGCCCAGAACUCAUGGCUUGUCAGGGACCAGUACUUUUUGGACACAUUGUAAUAUGUGGUGCCAUUAAGUAAGAUUCAUUAUUCAGUUUCCAAAAGAAAAUUCCCUGUAGCAUAGUUGUCCUCCUCUGAUUGGUUUAUUCGUUUCUCAGUAUGUCUUUCGUUUUCUUUUUACUUUUGUUGCAAAAUAUACUUGUGAUCAAAGUGACAUAUAAUCUUUUGAAAAAAUGCAUUGUAUAAAUGGUAAGUCUUUAACACACUGCACACACUCAGCCUGUAAAAAUCUUUUUGUAUUAAAAUGUUGAUCUAGGAUUCAGGUUCAUUAGGAUAUGAAAGGCAGGAAAACAUUGUGAAAAGUUUGAUAAACCUUUUGUAUCAAAGUUAUUUUUAAAGAAUACAUUUAUUAGAAAAAUAUGAAUAAACAAGUUAUGUAAUUGA